GAUCACAGCAGCAGUUAAAGUGUCUUUAGUGAUCAAAGGUGAAAAGUGUCUACAGUGAAGGUUCACAGUUCGGGGGUGGUCAUGGUAGCUGUCUUUUGUUCAAAAAGAUAAAAGUAAAACGGGGGAGGGGGCUAGCAUUCACAAGUUAGCAUUCACAAGCCUGAUGGCCUGUGGGUAGAAACUGUUUGUCAGUCUCGUAGUCCUGGAUUUCAGUCUCCUGUAUCGUCUGCCUGAUGGUAGGAGGCUGAAGAGACUGUGCUGGGGAGCCUAAUUAGGAAGAUGACAUCCCAGCCACAACAGCGCUACCUGGUCUUGUUCGACUUUGACGAGACCAUCGUCAAUGAGAACAGCGACGACGCCGUCCUGCAGGCGCUGCCAGACCCGCAGCUUCCCGAUUGGCUGAAAAACAGCUACCGCGAGGGCCACUACAACGAGCACAUGCAGCAGAUUUUGGCCUACAUGUACGAGCAGGGCGUCUCCCCCGACGCUAUCCAAUUGGCGGUGGAAAAGAUCCCGCCCACUCCGGGUCUCCUCAACCUGCUGCAGUUCCUGCAGAGCCACCAGCAGGACUUUGAGCUGGCGGUGGUUUCGGACGCCAACAUGUACUUCAUCGAGACCUGGCUGAAGCAGGCGGGGGUGCGCCACCUCUUCAGGAAGAUCUUCACCAACCCGGCCAGCUUUGACGACGACGGCCGCCUGGUGCUGCUGCCUUUCCACGCACACUCGUGCCCCCAUUGCCCUGACAACAUGUGCAAGCAGGUGAUCCUGAGAGAAUACCUGACUGUCCGUCAAAAGGAGCGCGGCGGCGCCUCCUUCCAAAGGGUUUUUUACGUUGGAGACGGGGCCAAUGACAUAUGCCCCUCGUUAAUCCUGGGGCCCCGGGACACGGCCUUCCCUAGGAAGGACUUCCCCAUGCACAGGCUGCUGCUGGAGUCCCAGGGAAGCAAGUUGAAGACCAACAUGGUUCCCUGGAGCAGAGGCCAGGACGUAGUGGACUGUUUGAAGAAGAUCAUGGAGGAAAGAUGAUGACGGAGGAAAACAGCAAUUGUAACAAAAAGGUGCUCACAUAAAGUAUGUCCAUUUUAAUCACUGAAACGUAUUAUAUUACUGUUUCACUAUUAUUAUUGCUAAUGCUAAGCCAGCAACCAUAGUUACUCUUCAUUAGGCAACAAAGAGAACUAGCUCCCAGAAUAUAGUUUUUUUUUAAAAGCAUUAAGUGCAGAAAAUCAAUUAUAAUAUUAGAGUUUAACAGUUCAUUUGUUAGCUUGCAGGCUAAUUCCGAGUCAGACGACCUGAACAUACUGUUUUUUCCCUCAUUGGAGAAAUGGUUUGAUCAAGAGUCACACCACGGGAAAACAAUAUUUCUUAAAAAAAUAGUGAACUGUCCGUUUUUUUGCUAGUAGGCUACUUUCCGGUUUACAGACAAUGACCGGACCGGGUCUCUCUGGGGUUGAGGGAAUAGCUUUUAUUGCGACUCAGGCGACAAAAUAUAAAAUAUACAGUAUUUUUGCAAAGACAAGUAAGAAUAUAUGAGGCUGGUCAAAUUAGCCUUUGUCUGUCCAUUCGUUUGCUUGCAAGCUAAUUCCUGGUUUACAGACCAGUUUAAUUUGUCUUUCUCGGGCAGAGUAGGAUUGAUUUUAUUGUGACUUGGGUGACAAAAUUAAAAAUAUAUAGCCUUUAUUUUAACAGAAUGAAAGAAAAAAAUGUGAGUGAUUAAAUUAGUAUUUGUCGGUCCGUUUACUAGCUAACAUGCUACUUCUUGGUUUAUAGACAAUGACAAAACCUAUAAUUUGUCCUUCUAGUUGGAUUGGUUUUAUUGUGAUUUAGGCGACAAAAUUGAAAAUAUACAGUAUUUAUUUUAACAUACUGUAACUAAAUGUCAUAUGUGACUGAACAAAUUAGUAUUUGUCCAUCCGUUUGCUAGCUAACAUGCUACUUCCUGGGUUACAGACAUUAACACCUUUUAAUUAGCCUUUCUGGGGUAGGGGGAGAUUGGUUUUUAUUGUAAUUUAAGCAACAAAGUAGAAAUUGUACAGCAUUUAUUUUAACAGAAGUUAAAAAAACAAUCAAUCUAGUAUUUGUCUGUUUGUUUGUUAGCUAACAUGCUAGUUCCUGUAAGAUGCUAGGACCUUUCUAUCUGUCUUUCGAGGGUAUGGAGUAAUCAGUUCCAGCGUGACUUAGGCCACAAAAGGGAAAACCUAUAUACUAUUUUUUCUAACAAAAGUGGAAUACAUCAUGACACAUCCAAUUAGCCUUUGUCCAUCCGCUUGUUAGCGAGCAGGCUAGUUCCGUUAACGUACCGUGUUUGUUUCUGGAGCAGGUUGAACAGUUUUACAGACACAAUCCACAAUCCAAGAAUAAUUAGCUGCUUCCUGGUUUGUGGAAAAUGACGUUAGAUGGACAAGAGCCAUACCAUUUUUUAAAAAUUCUUUAAACAAAAGUGUAAGAAUUGUGUCCUUAUAUUUCUCAGCGAGCAUGCUACUUUGUGGAUCAUGAAAAAAUGAGGAACAAUCCUAGCAUGAACAAACAGCUAAUUUUUUUAUUUUUUUUUACCAGACCACAAAGCCACACCUACUGAUAAAAGCACCAAUAUGUAUUACUGUUGACACACAGGACAACUAGUCGUUUAUGUGAUUGUAGUGUGAUCAAUCACCUUGUAGACAAUGUCUUUAUCUCAGCAAGCUGAUCAUCAUUUAGUAUUGAAACAAAGGUGCUUUGUGAUCUGAGGACCAUUUAAACUCAGGUUCAACGUCCCUUGGUCCCUCCUUCAAGUGCAGCUCAAAUGUUGCCUUUGAGUUCAGGUGACAGUCGCACUGAUACCUAAUCUAAAGCUAAUCGAGGACAAUACAAGUGUAAUCUACACCACACACACACAUAAAGGCAACAUUAGUGUUUGCACUUUGGCCUCCGGCUCAAACACGUGUGCAGUAUUGCUAUGAUUACUACCAGCAAUAUAUGUGUUUAAUGUAGUCUGCAAUAGCAAGUAUAGUACCCGGUGUCCCUAAUAAUUUGUCCCCUAGUGUUGAAGAUGUGUCCUAAUUAAUGACAACAUUAUGUUUUAUCACUGUUUAUUUGCACAUGUGCUGCUCUAGGAGUGAUAUGUGUAAUACAAUAAGAUCAACCUGUCAAUGUGCAAUAAUGACUGCAAUAUAAUGUAUAAGAGGUUUAUGGAUAAAUAAGGGAAUAUAUUUUUCAUGACUUUUAUUUGCUUUGCUUAUUUGUUUUAAUGUGAGUGCAAUGUCACGGAAAUGUGCAACAAGGAAUAUAAAGCCAUCAUGU